GAGAAGCCUUUGAUGAGGGGUCAGCCUCCUCUUGGGCUAUAAGAGCCACGGCGCUGGAAGCCCCCCCACGCUGUAUACACGCAGUCUCUAUAUGCACUUUCUAUACGCACUAAAGCAAGAUCACCAUGCGGGCAGCACGAUAUUACGGCAAGGAAGAUAUUCGAAUCGAGGAGAUCGACGAGCCGGUAUGUAAGGAAGGGGAGGUCAAGAUCAGGCCUGGCUAUGUAGGGAUCUGUGGAACGGAUCUCCACGAGUAUCUCGGCGGUCCCAACUUUGCCCCUCUUACCCCGCAUCCCGUCACCGGCGAGCAGAUCCCGGUCACCUUUGGCCAUGAAUUCUCCGGCACCGUGAUCGAGGUAGGCGCCGGCGUGACCGGCAUCGCGGUCGGUCAGCGCGCCGCCAUCCAGCCCAUCAUCUACGACCGGACGUGCGCCGCCUGCCACCGUGGCCUACACAACAUCUGCUACAACGGCGGCUUCGUCGGGCUCUCAGGCUGGGGCGGCGGCCUCUCCGACGCCGUCACCGUCCCCGCCGACUACGUGCUCCCGCUCCCAGACCACGUGCCCCUGGACAUCGGCGCCCUCGUCGAGCCCCUGAGCGUGGGCUGGCACGCCGUCGCCCAGAGCCCUCUCACGCCCUCCUCGCACGUCCUGAUCCUCGGCGGCGGCCCCAUCGGAAUCGCCGUGAUCCUGGCCCUCCGCGCGCGCGGCUGCAGCUCCAUCAUCGUCUCCGAGCCAUCCGCGUCCCGCCAGGCGUCCGCGCGCCGCUUCGGCGCCGACCACAUCCUGGACCCGCGCACCGAGCCAGACUUCCUCUCCACGGUGCGCGCCCUGACGGGCGGCGAGGGCGUCGACAUCGUAUUCGACUGCGCAGGCGUCGCCGUCGGGCUCGAAGCCGCAUGCCAGGCGAUCAAGGUGCGCGGCACCGUCGUCAACGUCGCCAUCUGGGAGCGCGCGGUGCCGUUCAACCCGAACUGGCUCGUGUUCCGCGAGGGCAAAUACGUCGCGUGUCUCGCGUACGUGCGGCAGGAUUUCGAGGACGUGAUUCAGGCUAUUGCUUCUGGGGCCAUGCAACCGGGCGAGAUGAUCACGGGCAAGAUCAGACUGGAGGAUGUAGUGGAGGAGGGGUUCAAAGCGCUGAUCACGGAGAAGGAGAAGCAUGUCAAGAUCCUGGUGCAGAUCUGAGAAGGGGGGGCAUUGGACUUAAUAUCACUUAGUAAUCAUGGAAACAAAAGCAGUGAGUUGGGGACGGUGGAUGGGUGAGCAGACGAAGGAUUGGAUUCAAAGGCG